AUGAAAGCCAUUGUCCAGCGGGUUCUGUCCGCCUCUGUGGCGGUGGACAACGAGGUCAUUUCGUCGAUAGGGAAGGGCAUUCUCGUCCUCGCUGCUGUCGCUCCCGGUGACACCGAAAAAGACGCCGAGACCCUUGCAAACAAGGUGUUGAAGCUCAAACUGUGGGACGACGAGGCCGGCGCUCGGUGGAAGAAGACCGUCCAGGACAUUGACGGGGAGGUUCUCUGCGUCUCCCAGUUCACACUCUUCGCCAAGAUUGUCAAGAACAAACCCGACUUCCGCCUCAGCGCGCCGGCUGAAGACGCCAAGAGAAUAUAUCACUAUUUCCUGCAAAAGGUGCAAGACAACUACGAAGCGGACAGGGUCAAGGACGGCCGUUUUCAGGCCAUGAUGGCUGUAUCUUCGACCAACGAUGGCCCGGUUAGCGCCCCCUUCGGAACUCGUCGCAAUUACCCGGGCUUACGUGCUGACUUGCAAUGCCAGAUUACGUUUGAGCUGAACACAGAGCCUGCCUCGAAGCCUUGA